GCGUGGGUCUCCAAAUUCCUUCAUUUUAGAUCAGCUACCUGCGAAUUCCUUCAUUUUAGAUAAUUUUUUUCUUCCAUAUUUAAGAGAAAUAACUGUUUGCAGAACACGUGUCAUUGGUAUUCUUGAUAAAUAUGAAUUACCUCUUACUUACCCGGGAAUCCUUGGAUAUAGGUUCCAUUACAGACUUGGCUUCUUCUGAUGCCUGUGGAACUACCUCGUUAUUUGUUGGUACCACGCGCAGUUCAUUAGGUGGCAAAAAAUUACUAUCUUUGGAAUUUGGAGCAUGUGAAUCUAUGGCCGAAAGGGAAAUGGAAAAUAUAUGUGGAGAAUUACGAUUUCGUUGGUCCGAUAUAUGCAACAUAGUAAUAUAUCAUCGUAUUGGUCUGGUGCCAAUAGGUGAGGCUAAUGUUGUUAUAGCAAUUUCGUCAACGCAUACAAAAUCAUCUCUAGACGCUAUAGCCGUCGUAAUCGAUGAACUGAAGAGACGUGUACCAAUAUGGAGAAAAGAAAAAUAUGAAGGAGACGAAUUUACAAUGUGUGUUGAAUCUAUCGAAGCAGAAACAUUCGAUGAAAAGUUGUGUGACAUACAAGAACAUGUUUUGCCUUCGAAAUUUGUGCAAAUUUCCGCAAGUGAAACGGAAAUCAAUAGGCGAAUACAAAGCUUUAUUGAACGCAAACGUGAAGAAAUUGAUAUCAAUAACAUUGUUGAUUAUAUAAAUCCCAAUUAUACAGCUGAAAAUCCCAACGAAGAAACAUCGUCAUGUGCUCGCAUUAGCGGUACUGUAAUAAAACAGGAAAACUCCAAAUGUCAUUUAAAAGUUCGCCAAAUAGAAAAUAAAAUGGGACCACAAGUACGACAGGAUUAUUUAGAAACAUUAGAUUCUUUAAUGGAUUCGAAGCAAAAUCAGAAAAUCAAACAAGAAAAGAAGGAAUCACCAACAAAUACGUUGUCAACAAAGCCAUUCCAAUACGCUCUGCUGGAGAGAACACGAGACAUUGAAGAAUAUUUAAAUCUAAACAAUGCGGAACAGAAAACUAUUCACCAGCGUUUGAAAAAUAUGGAAGAUCGUAUAUUAUUCUUAGAAUCCAUAUCUCCAGAAUAUUACCAUAAUCUUUUUGAUAAAUCACAAAAUAAAUUUAGUAUUAAUGAAAACAUUUCUGUGAGUUCCACGGAUAUGUAUAAUACAACAAAUGGUUCUUCUAUAAAACCCACAUCAGCCAAUGCCAAGAAAGUCUGUCGUAAAGUAUAUGCUGUGGAUGAUAUAGAUCGUAUAAUUGAAGCUGAGUCACAGCAUAUUUAGCUAAAAUUAUAAUGAUAUUUUAUAUAAUGUUGUAAAAUAGUUAUUUAUCUUGCUAAGUCUAAAUAUACGUUCAAAUGUAGUAGAACACCUACAUAGUCAAAUUCAA